GCGGCCGGACCGCGCCUUCUCCGCCGCGGCAGCGGCGCUCCCGGGACGCGGGCAGGGAGCGGCUGUCCCGACGGCGUUCUCUGCCCCCAGGAUCUCCUGCUCACCGGGAGAGGCUUGUCCGAGGAGCCGAGGGGCAGCGCACGGGAGUUUUUAUUUCCCUCCCCGGCCACUGCUGCGGCAGACGUUCCUCUGCAUUUCUUAAGGGAGAAAACUCGGCAAAGAAGGGGUAGGAAGAAAGGCGGUAGAGAAGGGGGGGGAGUUGAUUGACUUGCAGAGAGGUGAAGCUUUCCUGUGGCUCCCACUGCACUUUACACUGGAGACCUUCAGUCCACGCGAAGCUGUGGGAUGGAGCCAGAGCCCCCGCCCGAGCUCACAGCAGUGCCCCUCGGGGAGAAUGGGAGUGUCCGCCUGGCACCCGACACAGCCCUGCUGUCCCCGGGGAGAGGCACGGCCGUGUUCGUCAUCCGCUGUGUGAUCCCUUCACUUUACCUGCUCAUCAUCACUGUCGGCUUGCUGGGCAACAUCACCCUCAUGAAGAUCUUCAUUUCCAACAGCGCCAUGAGAAGUGUGCCAAACAUCUUCAUCUCCAGCCUCGCUGCUGGUGAUCUGCUCCUGCUAGUGACCUGUGUGCCUGUGGAUGCCUCCCGGUAUUUCUCUGAAGAGUGGCUCUUUGGAGAAGUGGGCUGCAAGCUCAUCCCUGUCAUCCAGCUGACCUCCGUUGGUGUCUCUGUCUUCACCCUCACCGCCCUCAGUGCUGACAGGUACAAAGCAAUUGUAAAUCCCAUGGACAUCCAGACCUCCAGUGCAGUGCUAUGGACUUGUCUGAAAGCCACUGCCAUCUGGGUAAUCUCCAUGCUCCUGGCAGUUCCUGAAGCAGUGUUCUCCGAACUGGCUCACAUCAAUGACACAGAUAAUGCCACUUUCACAGCAUGCAUACCAUACCCCAUGACAGACGACAUGCACCCAAAGAUCCAUUCUGUGCUGCUUUUCCUCGUGUAUUUCCUUGUCCCUCUUGUAAUUAUCAGUAUCUACUACUGUCAUAUUGCAAAGAGUUUAAUAAAAAGUGCUCACAACAUCCCUGGGGAACACAGUGAGCAUUCCAAAAGACAGAUGGAAACUCGGAAGCGUCUGGCAAAAAUUGUUUUAGUUUUCGUUGGCUUCUUUGCUAUCUGCUGGUUUCCUAACCACGUGCUAUACAUGUACAGAUCUUUUCAUUACAAUAAGAUUGAUCCAUCGAUGGGACAUAUGGUUGUUACCUUAGUGGCCCGAGUGCUAAGCUUCUGCAACUCUUGUGUCAACCCAUUCGCACUGUAUUUCCUCAGUGAGAGUUUUAGAAGACAUUUCAACAACCAGCUCCGCUGCAGGAAGAAAGCUCAGAAAGAGAGAUCUGCCAGCUACUUGUGCAACUCUUCUGCCAUUCAAAUGACUUCCCUGAAAAGCAAUACCAGGAACACAGUAACUACCAUGACACAGCUGAAUGGGCACAACUUGAAACAAGAAAUGUCAUUAUGAUCUAAUGAGUGUGAUUUUUGACUAUGAAACAAAUAUGAACUUUUCCUUUGCAGCUUGUAAGUCACUUUUGGCUCUUGUUCUUAGACAGUCCUCAGAG